AGUAGUUCCGACAAGGGAGGAACACUGGAGUAGGGGCGUCUAUCCCUAUGGAAAGUUGCGGAGAGGAGGCUGAAGAAAAAGAAUUUCUCGCUCAGCUUAUCUCGAUUAUUGUGCCGAAAGUUUUUGUCCCCCCUCUUAACUUUGCUAUGGUAGAACCCGGCAUCUAUCGCUCUGGUUAUCCCGGGAAAAAGAAUUUUCCUUUUCUUAAGCAGCUAAAUAUUAAGACAAUAAUUUGCUUGGAUCCAGUACAGUAUCGUAAUGAAGAUUAUUUAAUAGCGGAAAACGUCAAACUGUUUCAGUAUCCUGUUAAUAAAAAUAAGGAACCACUCACUUUAAUACCUCAAUAUCUUCUUGCUGACGCACUUUCAAGGAUGUUAGAUAAAGCGAAUUAUCCGAUUCUCGUUCACUGCAACAAAGGAAAGUAUCGCGUAGGAUGCGCCGUGGGCUGCCUGCGUAAACUUCAAAAUUUAUCGAAGACUUUUAUUUUUGCGGAAUAUCAAAAGUUUUCAGGAGCAAAGGCUCGCGUGCUGGAUCAGCAGUACAUCGAGCUAUUCGACGUAUCACUGGUUAAAUAUGAUAAAGAAAGCGCUCCAGAGUGGCUGUGA